CUAUCUGCAAUACAUUUAGAGGAAUAUCCACAUUUAAUGUAAACAUUUUGAUAACAAGAAAAUCUUGAUAAAAUGCGGAAUAGUGUUUGGAAACGUUUUAGAUUUUACAUUUAACUCAAUCCGGAAGUUACUGUGUCGUCUGCAUUGUUUACGAGUUUCAACCUGCACUAUGCCUAGAACAAGCAAAAAAGAUAGAAGUGGACAUAUGCAAGAAGAAACAACAGCAAAACAUAAACUGAAUUUGGAUAACGACGAGCCUGGAACUGAUAACAGUCCUACAAGCAGCCCAUUACGAGAGGAAACACCGUUAGUUCCAAGACAAGGAAAAAAGAGAGAAAAUGAAAAUUGUGACGAGUUUUCAUCAGAAAUGCAGAAAAUGCUAGAGUGCUUUGGAGCUGACAUAUCAAAGACAUUGGUGAACAAGAGGAAAAGACUUGAACAGUACACCCAGAAUUCUCUGAAGUCGAGCACUAAAAAGGUUGAAGAUAUCUGGAAAAUGCAACAGACUGAGAGACAAAAGUUACAGGAUGAGUAUGUGAGACAAGUUGGCACUGUGUUUCAGCAGUGGGAAUCUGAUCUAGAGAAAGCCAAAGAACAAGAAGAAAAACUCAAUCAAAUGUUCAAACAACAACAGAAAAUGUUUCAACAAGCUAGAGUUGUACAAAGUCAGAGACUGAAAACAAUUAAACAACUACAUGACCAAUUUACUAAGGGAAUUGAUGAAUUGGAAAGGUGCCACCAUGACCAGCAAUCCUCUGUCCAGUCUGAACUGAAGAAAGAGAUGUCUCUUCUACAGAAGAGAAUACUGAUGGAUACUCAACAGCAAGAAAUGGCCAAUGUUAGAAAGUCCCUGCAAACAAUGCUCUUCUAAAGAAACAAUUAUUGUUAUGAAAAACCUGUUAAGUUUCAAUAUUUCCAAAUCAUGAUGUUCUGUCGUUGCUUUCAUUUUGAUUAUUUUAUUGAUUGUGCAGUCCCUUUGUUUGUUGACCUAGAAAUUUUCAGCAGUGAAUAAAGAAAAAUUGAC